AUCCGCUUAUAGACUAUUCUUCGGUUUUCCUAUAAGAGUGUAAAUAAUAUGUUAGAUCAUUUGAAAUACAAAAUAAAAGUAAAAUAAGAAACAAAAUGUCUCUAUUCAUUUGAUGGUAAGCUUUUGUCGCGUGGCAACACUAAGCACGUGCUGCAGAAGUUUGUCUCUGUUUAUGACCGAAAGAAAUUCCGUAUCAAAGUUUUAUUGCAAAUUACUUGAAUUCUCUGUAAAUCUUUUAUCAAAAUGGGCAAAGCCAAGAAAUUGAAGCUGGCUCCUGUUAAGAAUGUCUCUUUGGAAGCGCAGUUAAUGGAUAACAAAGUGGCUAAGAAAAAAAACAGGCAAAAAGUUCAUCUACGUGCUGAGGAAUCGUCGGUAAUGGAUAGCAAGACAAGUCAAAAAAUACUAGCGGUUGCCAGAAAGCAGAAGUUGGAUGAAGAAUUGGAUGAAGAGAGUUUCCCCAAUUUAAUAACAAAGAAUUCUGCAAGUUUCAAUUUAGGAAGUCUUAAAGAAGAAGAUGAAAAUAUUAAUGUUUGCGAAAAUGAUUUUAUUGACGAUAUGGAAAUGGAUGAUGAAGACCUCAAAGCAUUUGAACGUUUCCAAAAUCCGAAAGGAAGCAAGCGCACUGUGAAGUUAGCCGAAAUAAUUUUUGAAAAAAUACAAGAGAAGCAGGCCGAUAUUCAAACGAAACUUACCGAUGAAGGUUCAUUAAGAAUUGAAGAAGUUGAUGCAAGAGUUAAAGAAAUGUAUGAAGGAGUACGUGACGUUAUGAAACGAUAUCGUAGCGGUAAAGUGCCUAAGGCUUUCAAAAUCAUACCACGAUUAAGAAAUUGGGAGCAAAUAUUGUUUAUAACCGAACCACAUAACUGGAGUGCAGCCGCUAUGUUUCAGGGAACUAGAGUAUUUUCUUCAGUUUUAUCCCAAGCUAUGGCACAAAGAUUUUAUAAUUUAGUGUUGCUGCCACGUAUACGCGACGAUUUGUGCGAGUACAAAAGACUUAAUGUGCAUUUAUAUAAUGCAUUGAAACGUGCUCUUUUUAAACCUGCAGCCUUUAUGAAAGGUAUUAUAUUACCUUUAUUGGAAGCAGGUGAUUGCUCCUUACGUGAAGCAAUUAUUUUUGGUAGCGUGAUAGCGCGGAACUCUGUACCGGUAUUGCAUUCAUCGGCAUGCCUAUUAAAAAUUUGCGAAAUGGGAUAUACUGGAGCCAAUUCGAUAUUUAUACGUUACUUUUUAGACAAACGCUACGCAUUACCGUAUCGCGUUAUCGAUGCGGCAGUUUUUCACUUCUUGAGAUUCGAAAAUGAUAAACGAGAUAUGCCAAUUUUGUGGCACCAGAGUCUUUUAACUUUUGUGCAACGCUACAAAAAUGACAUAUCAUCUGAACAAAGAGAAGCUCUCUUGGCGUUACUAAGAAAGCAGAAACAUGCAAAAAUUACACCUGAAAUUAGAAGAGAAUUGCACGCCGCCAAAUGUCGCGACACGGAAAUGAUGGAAUGCGACAGUACGACAACCUGUGCUAUACCAAAAAAUGUAUAUACUGAUGAAGACGUUGGCUACGUUCCAUGAUGUCAAUUAUUAUACCAAUAAUUUAUGGCCAAAA